AAAAAAAUUCUGGGAACACGAACAGUAUUGAAAUUGCCGCUGAGACGUUCAGUUGGCAGUGGCGGCGGCGGCGGUUUAUCCAUUUGUGUUAGCUCUCGUUGAUUCGUGUGUUGUUCGUUGAAAGUUUGUGCUGUGGUUGGUGCCUUUCAACCGGCAUGGAACGGGGAAGUUUUUGAGGCUUUUGUGUUUCCGAAAAACACUCGUCUUCAAAUGUUGAUGUCAAAUCAGCCAUAUAACAGUUCAAACUUCUAUGUAAACUCAAACAUCAAUAUGCAACAUCACAUUAAUAAUUUAUUAAGCACUGCAGCUAAUGGGCAGCGAGAUGUCGACGCGUUACUAUCACCAAUAAAGAAGCCCCAAUCUCGUGCUGACCUAAAACCAGAACGUAAUCUCUGGAGAACUGAUGAAAUACUGCGUAUGCUAAUCAUUAUGCAAAACAUUAAUGCAGUCGAACUAUUAAAUCAUAAAAAUUUAAAAAGUGAAACUGUUUUUCGCAAUAUUGAACAACAGAUGCACGAAUGCGGAUAUCGCAAAAAAUCAUAUUCACAAAUCUGGACAAAAUGGAAGUUCUUAAAAUCUACCUACACAACUUCGAAACGUAAUAAUACCAUACCAAAAAUGAUAGCUAUGGAAAUUUAUGAACAACUGCAUCAAAUGUUGGAUAAUGUUUGCAAUGAAAGCAGUAAUUCGAACGCCUCGAACGAUGGUGAUAGUUCUAAUGGUGCACAUUUGACAGUAUCAGGUUUGGAAAGUACAUGCCCCGAGAAUGAUACAAAUUGUAAAAAACCUAAAAGAAAGCUAGAAGAAAAUUGUUCGGAAGAGGAAAAUGGUCUAGAUAUGGCGCAUCCAAUAUUCGGUUUUCGAUUGGGUUUAGUUAAGUCCGAACCAGUAGAUAAUGGAUAUGAGACUAAUACAAACAAUUCAAGCACUGAAACCGAUAUGAAUAACCAGAAUAAUACCGCAAUGGAUACAACGUCAUUACCACCUAGUACAGAUUUUUCAGUCAGCAUAAAAAAAGAAAUCGUUGAACCACAAAGUCCACCGCCAUUAGUUAUGUCCAAUGCACCUCCUGAAUUAUAUAUCAACAAACAAAUACAAAUCACGCCAAUACAAAAACUGAUACUAUCACCGAAUACUGUGCGCCCGUUGACACCUAGUGAAAUUAAAAAAAAUGCACCAUUGCCUCCACUACGCAUUGCACCAUUUGCAAAAUCAACAAAUGCAAACGCUUUAAGACCCAGAGAGCGUUCACCACCACCAUUAACCAUAAAGGCAAUACCACAGCAAAAAUUGAAUAGUGGCAUCAGUAAAAAAAAUAUACAUAACUCUCUGCCACCGAGACUAUUACAAAAACCAGUACAUGUUAGUCCAACUCCUGUGCGUCUUACCAAAGCCAAUGAAUUGCAAGCAAACGCAUUUCGUCUGAAACCACAUAUUAAAGACAGUGAGAUACCUGACUUUGGCGCCACAACACCAACCAUACCACAACAACAAUUUUUUUCCAUUUAUCAAGAUGAACCAUCGACAAGCCAACAAGCUAUGCUGAAUGCUAAACAAACUAAAAGUCGGAAGAGACGCUUAGAAAUACCUCCUCCACCAGCACCAUGCAAAAAAAUAAUAAUUACACCUGCGUCCUCAAAGAAUACCGAGAACAAAAAUAUUGUUUAUAAUACAGCCCAAAGGAUGAAACUCAAAGAUUUAUUCGAAGAAGAGAAACAGACAUCCAGUGCACAAGAACAAAAAGACUUAUUUGAGAAUGAAUUAAUCGAACUGAACAACUCACUUCUGCAAGUACAACGAGAAGUCUUAUCCGAAUUCUUCAAACAGCAAAUGGAGAUAGCACGCAGUGAACACGAAUUUCAACUUAAACAGGAUCAAAUGAUUAUGGAAACGUUUCAAGCACAGUCGAACUACCUAAUGGAAGCCGCUAAAAAACUUAUCGACGUAGACUUAAAAACAUUUCUUCAAACGGGAAAAUCCACAAAAAAUAAAGUUGAAAAUAAUCAGCAGAUUAAUGGAGAGGUAUAUGAAAAUAAGCCACAACGAAAAAAGAAAGAAAACCAUUUGGAAGAGCAAAAAGAAAUGCCACAAUCCAAAAUUUCGCAGGAGCUACAAGACGAGCAGCAAUCUAACAAAUUUAUACGAGUGCGAUUGCAGCAAGAACCACUUCCACCCAAUGUGAUGGUGGAUGAUACUGUAGAUUAUGAAGACAGUGAUUAUCUCAACGAAACCCAAUGUCAAGAGAGUAACACUAAUAAUUGCACGGAAAAGAGUUCAGAAACAAAUGAAAAUAGUGAUAGUGAGUACGAAGAUGAAAGCACUGGCUCAAGUAAUAGCGAUUAUAACGAUGACGAUGAUAAUGGAAAUGAUAGUGAUGGUGAAUAUAAUGAGAGCAAUACGACUGAACCAAUGUAAUUGGUAAACAGUGCAUAUGUGAAUGACAUAGUUAAACGCAAAAGGCAUAUAAAUAUUUAAAAGAAAACGAUAGUAUUUACAGAGAUCUAAGAGACGUAUUCUACUUUGCAUAUUAGUAGUAAGAACAUUCCAGUUUACCUAUUUAUACAGCUUUACCGCUUAAGUAUUUAUCAUUCCUGCUCAAUUACCUUGAGAUGUCGGUACUGUUAAUCUUUUUUGUUAAUUGUUUCCUUAAUUUUAUACUACAAAAGAGACACUUUAAAGACUUGAUAAUAAUUAAGAGUUCCAUUUCUAGUAUUUAUGAUUUAU